AUGAAUAUCAAGAAAGAGGCGAAUGAGGGAGCGCCACAGGACGAUACGAAUGUGGGAGAGAAGGUGCUGCAUGUCAUCCGUUGCUAUGGUGACUACAACUUUCUGAUGAACGGUUGCUUCGAGAACUACUUGAAAGCCGACUACACCGAUGCGAAGUUUCACAGAAUCCCACAGUUAAUGGAGUGGGUGGCGUUGUACGACACACUCAACACAACCAUCCUAACCACACAGAACUACAAACUCAUG